AUGUACCUUACAUGGUUCACUUGCGCCAUUUUGGUGCUAAGCACCGUAUUAACUGUGAAAAGUGCAUCUUUAUCAGCGGGUACGAGGUACCAGGCUCCAGAUGAGUGUGGCUGGAUGACAGACUACGACGGCUCAGGAGUAGCUUUACAAUGUAGACUGCGAACUAUAAACAGUGAAUUGGAAAACACAAACUUCAGCGCAAUUCAACCUCAUCCAACAGUCAGGCUACGUCUCGAAUGUAGCGAUGCCUUGUUUUUCCAAAGCUCACUUGCUCCGGGCAGUUUCCGACAACUUAUUGAACUGCGCGAGCUUACCAUAGAAUAUUGUAAAAUUGGUAACCUGUCGGAUAGUGCAUUUACUGGACUACGAGAAUUAAGGAAUUUGACAAUUAGAACUCACAAUACAGAUUGGUCUACUAUGUCACUAGAAAUAACCCCUAGUGCUUUUUCUAGAGACGUACAAAAUUUAGAGCGUUUAGAUCUCAGCGAAAAUAAUAUGUUAGUAUUUCCCGAAGGAGCUCUCUGCACACUAAGAAAUUUAGAAUACUUAAAUAUGACUGGAAACAGAAUGAGAGACAUAAGCCAUUUUCAAUUUUCAUCAGCACAUCGACACCCGUCGGAAAAAUGCGGAGACAAUCUAUUAGUGCUGGACCUUUCUCGAAAUGUUAUAGAUACUUUGCCACCAAAUCUGAUGUCAGGGCUAAGAAGACUUCAAAAAUUAUAUUUUCAAGGGAACGGGCUGAACUCAAUAGCAGAUAGGGCCUUAGAAGGUCUAAUAUCGUUGACGACUAUAAGAUUUUCCGACAACCAACUGACUAGUUUACCACCUGAACUAUUUAGCGAUACUAAAGAACUAAAGGAGAUUUAUUUAAACAACAAUACAAUUACAGUACUAGCUCCAGGUUUAUUUAGCGAUCUCACGCAACUUUUAGUAUUAGAUCUAUCAUUUAAUGAACUAACCUCAGAUUGGAUCAAUACGUCUACUUUUUCUGGAUUAAAGAGACUUGUGUACUUGGACUUUUCUCACAAUCGCGUCUCAAAAAUGGAAAUAGCGCUAUUCCGUGACUUGCAUAACCUACAAAUACUAAAAAUACAGGAUAAUUUUAUUGAACACAUACCAGAAAACGUGUUUAGUUCGCUAAAUAAUCUCCAUACAUUAACAUUAUCAAACAAUAGACUUACCAGUAUAGAGAGCUAUGCUUUUAUGGGUCUACAAGUUCUAUCGGUAUUGUCUAUAGACAGUAAUCGCAUAUCUAGAAUACACCCACAUUCAUUACGAAAUUGUUCUUCCUUACAAGAUCUACAUAUCAAUGGAAACAGGCUUGAUGAGGUUCCUCUUGCUCUAAAAGAAAUACCUCAAUUGAAGACUCUGGAUUUGGGUGAAAAUUUAAUAAUCAGUAUAGAAAAUGCAUCUUUCAUGACUAUGGAGCAAAUGUAUGGACUCAGACUAACUGAAAACAAUAUCGGCAACAUUAGUAAAGGAGUAUUUGAUAAAAUGACUUCUUUAAAAAUUUUAAAUCUAUCAAGAAACAAAAUUCACAAGAUUGAAGCCGGCGCUUUUGAUGCAAACGUCAACCUACAAGCAAUAAGACUGGAUGGGAAUUACCUAACAGAUAUCGGCGGACUUUUUGCUAAAUUGCCUAAUUUAGUUUGGUUAAAUAUUUCUGAUAAUCGGCUGGAAUGGUUCGACUAUGCAAUGAUUCCAACUGGAUUGCAGUGGCUAGAUAUUCACGCUAAUCGAAUUGCUGAACUUGGAAAUUACUUUGAAAUUGAAUCGCAGCUAUCACUCAGCACUUUCGACGCCAGUUCUAAUAAGUUAACAGAAAUAACUGGCAGUGCUAUACCCAAUUCGGUCGAAAUGUUAUAUCUGAAUGACAAUUUAAUUUCUAAAGUACAAUCAUAUACUUUUUUUAAAAAACCAAAUUUAACACGAGUCGAUUUAUAUGGCAAUAAAAUAACUAGCCUGGACCCAAAUUCUCUGAGGAUAUCUGCUGUACCUCAGGAUAAGUCAGUACCGGAGUUUUUCAUUGGUGGCAAUCCACUAGAAUGUGAUUGCACAAUGGAUUGGUUACAAAAAAUAAACACUGGUAAUAGAGCCAGAACACAGCCUAAAUUAAUGGACCUAGAAAGUAUUAAUUGCAAAUUAUUGUAUAGCCGAGGAAAUGUUCAAGUAGCUUUGAUUGAAGCUGCACCUCAUCAGUUUUUAUGUAAAUAUGAGUCUCACUGUCACGCAUUGUGUCAUUGUUGUGAUUUUGACGCCUGCGAUUGUGAAAUGACAUGUCCUAAUAACUGUACUUGCUAUCACGAUCCAUCAUGGUCAGCAAACGUUGUUGAUUGUGCUAUCUCUGGAUACAUAAAUAUGUUGCCAGAAAAAAUACCCAUGGAAGCGACGCAACUUUAUCUCGACGGUAACGAAAUCAAAGAACUACCUAGCCAUGCUUUUAUUGGAAGAAGGAAAUUAAAGAUUCUAUAUUUAAAUGCAUCAAAUAUCGAGACUAUUCACAAUAGAACAUUUAACGGUUUAAAAGAACUAGAAGUACUACAUUUGGAUUACAACAGCAUUUCUAACAUUGAAGGGCAAGAGUUUGAUGGCUUAGAUAGCUUACAGGAGCUGUAUAUGAAUAAUAACAAGAUCAAAAAUAUAGGCAAGGAUAUGUUCAAUCACAUGACUCGUCUAAAAUUAUUACAUCUUCAUCAUAAUAUGCUUACUACGUUAUCAGUUUGGCAAAUCAAUCCCGUGAUAACAGAAAUAACCCUUUCAAGUAAUCCGUGGUCGUGCGACUGUGAAUAUACAGAAAUGUUUCGUGAAUGGACAAAGAGAGGAAGUUCCAUAAUAGACCUAUCGAAUAUUAAAUGUAUAUACUCUAAAGGGAACACAACUGAUUUAGAAAUUACCAAUGAAAACAUAUUCAAUAAUUCAAAAUCUGGAUUUAUAAUCGCUGAUGAAAAUGGAACAUUGUGUACCGGGAUGCCAAGCAUAAAUAACAGUAUUAAUGGUAACUUGACUGCAACUCGAACAAUAAUAACCAAUGAAGAAGUGCAAGACUACAUGCCGCUUCUUGUUGCUACUCUGGGAUGUUUUUUAGGAAUAGCCCUUAUAAGCGUGCUUAUGUUCGUAUUCAGGCAAGAAAUAAGGGUGUGUUUUUUUUCAAAAUUCGGAGUGAGAUUGUUUUAUAGAGCAAAUGAUAGGGAAGAUUCAGAAAAAAUGUAUGAUGCAUUUUUGUGCUACAGUUCUAAAGAUGAAGUAUGGGUCACCGACGAACUGGCCCACAAACUAGAACGCUGUGAUCCUUCCUACAAACUUUGCUUGCAUUACCGCGACCUGGCCGCCCACGUUCCAGAAAAGAUAAGACAAGCUGUUGAGUCUUCACGUCGCACAAUAAUAGUUCUUAGUAAAAACUUAUUGGAAUGCGAGUGGGUGCUUUAUGAACUCAAAACCACUCUUCACCAAGUAUUAAGAGACAGACGGAAAAGACUGAUUGUAGUGUUAUAUGGUCAAGUGCCUCACAAGGAUCUCGAUCCUGAUGUAAGACUGUUUUUGAAAACAAAUAAGUGCCUUCUUGCUAAUGACAGACUAUUCUGGGAAAAACUGAAGUUUGCGUUGCCCGAUGUACGCAAUAAUCAACGAUUUCGCGGAGUACCGAACACCGCUGUAGGUGGUGGCUUGCCUAUGCACAGACACCACCACCCAAGGAACCACUUAGGCAUGCUGCCGCAGCCACCGAUCCAUGGUGGCCACCCUGUUCUACCCAUACACCCCUCUCAUACUCCUCAUCAACUGCCGCCACGCGCUUCACCUCGCACCAUGUCCGUCCAUGUGUAA